GUGACAUAAAGCAUUCGUGAUCACGCCAACAUUAGUUAAACAGCUUGCCUCCAACAAUUAUGCAAACCCCAUGGAAGCUUUAGGAGCAGCGUCUGCUGUUUUGGGUAUUGCGGGCUUUGGGCUACAGGUUUACCAAACUCUGGAUGACUUUAUCUCAAAAGCCACGGGAGCGCAUCAGUGCAUCAUCACUCUCAAAACGGACAUCAACCUAACGAAUGUCACUCUCACGAGAAUACAAAAGCUGCUUCUCAAGGAUGAAGAAGCCAAACAUUCAGAUAAAGGACGGAGGCUCUUCGACGAUGCAGUGCUGUCAGCAACACAGGAUGCAGCUAAUGAAUGUUUUGUUGUCUUCCAGGAUAUUAUUUCCUUUAUUGAGACGGGAGGAAAGCUGAAGGUCAGCAGGGCAACAAAGAAGCAGAGCAUUCAGGUCCCGCAACUUGAUCGAGAGGCUGUUGUGUCUAAAAUGCAAAGCAUCCGAUGGGCUUUAGUGGAUAAAGAAAUUACCGUCUAUACGUCUCGCCUGCUGAGCUUCAAGGUUUCUCUGAACCUUAUAUUUUCGGUCACCACGUUUGAAAUGAAGUAUUCGGAACUAAUGGAUCACAACCUUACGAACGAGAGCACAAUACUGAUUGACAUCCGUAAUCAUCAGGUCCGAUAAUAAUACGGUCUAUACCGAACAAGUGAUAGACGAGAACGACAUUCACGAACUCCAAGUGCAACUGAAACAAGCCAAUCGCAAGUGGGAUCAGAUCUAUGAAGAACUUCUUCGAGGAAAGC